GUAUCAACAUUGGGUUUUGGCUAAAACUGCUGGUGCGUUUUUUCCCUGGUGAAGCGAGCGGCCGUCUGAAGGGAAGGUGCACUGUAUGGUGAAUUUUCCUCUCAGGAAUUUUAUUUUCGGAUCUCACUUAUCUAUUUCAGCUACUUUCAGCCACACUGAAUGAAGACUCCUGCAACAGACCCGCGAUAAGUUUAAAUGGACUUUAAACUGCCCUGGGCUGGACUGUCUGUUUCUUGAAUUUCUAUCCUUAAGAAGUCUGAUCAAAAUGAGGGAUUAAUAUUUUUGUGGGGGAGCUGAAAAUGUAACUACUAUUUCAACUCAUCCAAGGUCCUUGACAUUAUUUAUCAAAGUGAUCAAAUAAACUUGAAGUGGAUCUGAAAGAAGAGUCUAAACACCCAUGGAUUGAAACGUUAAAGUUCCAAAAGUGCCUCAAGCAAGGUCAGAAGAUGUGUGAAGCAGUGUGACGGACGGCCAUGGGACUGGAGAGACGGUGGCUUCAGGUGAUCCCCACCGUUGCAGCCAUCUUUCUGCUAAGUGCGUCUCAAGGUUUGCCAUCAGUUGUCCGUGGCAGAGAGGGGGGCUCUGCUGAGCUGGGCUGCAGUCUCACUCCAAAAUCUCACGACGCCACCAGUCCAAACCUCUUCCCUUUACAUGUGGUGGAGUGGGUGCGGCUCGGUUACAACGUUCCCGUCCUCAUCAAAUUUGGAGUGUAUGCUCCUCGGGUUCAUCCCACGUACAAGGGGCGGGUCUCCCUGACCCGUGGCGCCUCCCUGCUGGUGGAACGGCUGACCCUUGAGGAUGAGGGCUGGUUCGAGUGUCGCAUCCUGCUCCUGGACAGCAAAACGGACGACUUCCAAAACGGCACGUGGACCUUCCUCUCCAUCACAGCUCCACCGGUGUUUAUCAAGAUGCCUCCAACUUUUGUGGAGGUUUUGCUCGGAGACUCGCUGACGCUCAGCUGCGGAGCUCAUGGCAACCCUCGCCCAACUGUUGUGUGGCACAAAGAUGAGAGCCCGAUUGAGAAACAUGAAAAAAUCAAAGUACACAAUGGUACCUUGUCUUUGACCUCAGCCACAAGAAGCAUUUCUGGAGUAUAUAAAUGUCAUGUUUCCAAUUCAGAGGGCAACCUGACACAUGAGACGCAGCUUCAGGUCAAAGGUCCCCCAAUCAUCAUCAUCUCGCCAGAGGACACCACUCUCAAUAUGUCCCAGGAUGCCGUUUUGCAGUGCCAGGCUGACGCUUACCCUUCCAACCUCACGUACGAGUGGAUGAAACAAGGACAGAAUGUUUACCAUAUUGAAUCUUUAAAAUCCAGAGUGAAGGUUUUGGUGGACGGAACCCUUUUAAUCCCUAAUUUAAUUCCAGAAGAUGCUGGAAACUAUACCUGUAUCCCUACAAAUGGGAUAUUGACUCCGCCCUCAGCCUCAGCACAUCUCAAAGUGAAACACCCUGCUCGAGUUGUGCGAAUGCCCAGGGAAACCUACUUGCCCUCCGGCAUGGAGGGGGUCAUUGUGUGUCCUGUCCAGGCGGAUCCUCCUGUCUUAUAUGUGAACUGGACCAAAGAUGGGAACAAUUUAAAUCUUGACAAUUUCCCGGGCUGGAUGGUGAACUCUGAGGGCUCAGUUUUCAUAGCAACGGCAAACGACAAUGCCGUGGGCAUGUACAGCUGCACUGCGUAUAACAGCUACGGCACCAUGGGUCAGUCUGAGCCCACCAACGUCAUUGUGCAGGAUCCACCCACAUUCCAAGUCCCUCCUCGGCCUGAGUAUCUUCAGGAGGUGGGCAGAGAGUUGAUCAUCCCUUGUGAAGCCGAUGGAGAUCCCGCGCCAAACAUAACAUGGAGCAAGAUUGGUCCUAGUCCUCGUUCUCAGUACUUUGUGUUGGCUAAUGGUUCCCUCCUGCUGCAACCUCUCAGUAAAGACCACCACGGGGGCUGGGAAUGCUUGGCCUCUAAUCGUGUAGCAACUGUCAGCGCAGGCACUGUGGUAAUGGUGCUGGGUACCAGUCCUCAUGCUGUGUCUUCAGUGUCUGUAAACACUGAGAUAAAUCAAGCGAAUGUGUCCUGGGUGCCUGGGUUUGAUGGGGGAUACACCCAGAAGUUCACUGUGUGGGUCAAACAAGCAUCCAGAGGUAAACAUGAAUGGGCAUCUUUACCUGUGCCCACAUCCAAAAAGUACUUGUUGGUCACUAGUCUUCUGGCUGCGACUAGUUAUCAGUUCAGUGUCCUACCUCAGAAUAAACUGGGCUCUGGACCUUUCAGUGAAAUUGUGACUGUAAGAACCCAAGCCGUACCAACAGAAGCCCCAACUGUCAUCACCACUCUGCUAACACUCGAACCGCCCGUAAUCUUGUCUGCUAACCGGACCAGACAAGGUGUUCUUCUCCAGUGGUCACCCCCUGACAUUCCAUCCUCUCCGCUGUCAAGUUAUGUGCUUCAGGCUCGUCGGAAUCAGGGCCAGUGGGUCAUCCUUAGCAACGACAUCAGUGCCAAUGAGAGUGAAGUCCUUGUACAGGGACUGCUUCGCGAUUCCAGUUAUGAUCUGAGGCUAAUAUCCCGCAGCAAUCAAGUGCGCAGUGAACCAAGUGAUUUUGUCAGUAUAUCUACUGCAGGGAUGGAGAUUUACCCCCUGAGCCCUAGUUUCUUGGAGCUUGUCCCCGCGCCACUCCUGGCAGGUGUGCUCGGAGGGGUGUGCUUCCUUUUUAUGGCCAUUGUGCUCUCAUUAGUAACAGCUUGCUAUAUGAGAAACUGGAGAGAGCGUCGGCGCAGGAAGAGGCAACAAGAUGUCCCAUCCGCUUUCCAGAAGAGUCCAUCUUCAGAAGCUUGCUCUCCUCCCCGCAGCCCAGACAGUGUGUUGAAACUGAAGCUGUGUCCAUCCAUUCCCUUCUUCCCCACGUCCUCCUCACAAUACGGCCGCUCCUCUUUCGAUAAAGGCAGUCGAGGAGAGUACCAAGACCAGCGCAAGCAACUUUUGGCCAACUCAUCUCCACCACCGCAUUACACACUCUUUGAGAGCCACCUGGGGUCCCAGGCUCCCUCCCCAACAUCUUUAGAGUCUAUUCACAGAGGCCCAGAUGGACGUUUCAUAAUCCAACCUCUAAUAGAGAGUUCCAGUCCCUCCAAUAAGAAAAAUCUCAAGGACAUAUUGCAAAGUAACGGCGGUGCAAGUGGCUCAGGAAGCAACCGGACAUCCUUUAGGGACUCCCCAAAAUCAAGUAUCCUGAGUUCCGACAAGGACGAGAAGAAGAAUUCGCCACUUACUGUGGAUGUGCUGGAGCUUAGCAGGCCUACGUCCUCCCCUGGAAGAGUACGGGCCAUCGCUCGGAACUUCUCCCGUCAUGGCUGCUUUUACUCUGAUGAUGAACAUGGCUCAGAGAACCUCCUGGAAAGAGCAAGCUUCUAUUCAGACAACAGUGAGAAAAAACCCAGUGAUUCUAUGAAAAGGCACCGCAUGCCAGCCCGCACUGAAGACCUUUUCCCCAUUUUGUCAAGGAGAACCUAUAUUUUGGAUAGAGAGGCAGACAGACCACCGUCCUCAGACUAUCAGCCUAUGGCCAGUCACCUUACUGAUGACAGCACACUUCUCACACAACUUGACAGCGAACUGGAGAGUGAUAGCAUCAAAAAGUGCUUACAACUGGCCAAGGAGAGGGAGGAAAUGGAGCGUGAGCUGGAACGCUAUACGACCAAUCACAGAAACCAAGACGAUGGAAAAGAGAGCCCUAAAUGUAGCGUAUCCCAGUCCGAUGAAGAACCUGUAUGGAAACUCCAAGAUGUUACACUCCGUCAAAAACACAAGCCCUCAGGCCACACGAGUCGGGUAGCAGACUAUCGAAGGGCGUGUUACUUUGGGAGCACGAGUAGUCCUACGGACCAAGUUCCUCCAUCUCACAUUGAGUGGGACAUUAGCCCUGUUACAGCCAUAACUCACCUUGUUCCAGGAAAGAGCCACUGGGAGACCACAUCAACAGGAUUACAAAAGUUACAGCAUCCUCAUUCGUGCGCGGAAACUACGGACUCUCUUGCUGUUGAUUUAUCACAUUCUCCAGUGACUCAGAACACCUCCCUUCCCAUGCCUUCCACGGAUGUGACAUUUGAAAACUCCACAGUUCGAUGUUUGGCGAUGUCCCCGAGAGCCAAGUCACUGAGUCCUCACAGAGAUUCAGAUCUGUGUAGUAGGUCUAUGACGGAGGGCCUAAGGGAAAAUAUUAGUGUUGGAGGUGCUCCGUCACGGUCCAGGAAUUCAUAUGCGUAUGGCACUCGAAAUUGGGGCUCUCGAAGUCCUUUAGUUUUCAGUAAGCGGUCUGCAAGUCCAGGUUUUACCGCUUCGACAUUAUAUGCAGCCACAAGGGAUCCCGGUCCCCCAGGUGUCCCAACCUCACUCUGUGAGCAUCAAGUUAAAUCAAAUGGCACAGAGAGUAAACAUCAAGGCUCUGAAGACCAUCACAGCUUUGGAUCAGAAAGAGAAGGUGUCCGAGCACACUCGAGGAGGAGCGAAAAAUGUCUUAGUCCCAGCCCUAUGUCGACACUGAAUCUUGUUGAAGAAGCUGAAAGUGAUCCAUCCCAAUUUUCUAUCCCCAGAAUGUCAGGGUCAUUCAAGACCAAGCCAGCUGCAUCCCCUCCUAAAAUGUCGUCACUGCAGACGAGUGCAAUUCUGGAAUACCUAAGCCUUCCAGGUUUUAUUGAGAUGAGCGUAGAUGAUCCUGCGGAACAAGCUGAAGUUACAGCUGCCGCUGGACACUUUUUGGACCAAAAAUCUGUACAGUCCAUCGUGGCUAAGCCUGAUGUAGUCCCUAAAAACUGGGAGGUUCAUGUCCAGGAAAUUGCAGAAACUGAAUCAAGCAAAAUGAAGGGUUGCUUUGAACCAUCACAUUCUCGAGAAAAACAUGGCUUUAGGCCUCAGGUUGAAGCACGGGAAUCUCUGCCUCGAGUAAGGUUUCCAGACGACAUAAGACCACUCUCACCUGCUCCAGAAAAAACCAGCAAACAACUAUAUAAUGAAAAAACACAGACUCGAGCUGAAACUAAAAGCGGUGAGUCAAGACCGGGUUCCAGACCAGCUCACACUUUGCUCAGUGCCGCAAAAGGCAUGGUGGACAUUGUGUCAAAACAUUCUCCGAGCUUCAUGGAUAGUAGUGAGUCUUUAUCUGAGCAAUCCCAAAAACAAGGUUCUCAGGGCAGUCGGACCAAUAACAUUGCAUUGCGAAUAAGCCAAGCCCCUGUGCCAUUUCUGAAGAAAUCCUUAAGUGUCGGCCCUUGUAGAACACUCUCAGGUAUGGGACCCCCCCGACCUUUCCUUAAGAAAUCUAUCAGUUUUGGCUCCCCGAGAUGGGAGCACAUUGAGAGCCCGAGGACAUACAUCUCUGAGAAAUGUUACUGGGAUGAGCUCCCAAACCCAGAUGUCAGGGUGAAAUCUUACAGCUUAGGUCGCACUCCAUCUUCCUUUCUCCGGCCAGGUCCUUCCUGGAGAGAGUACAUCCCCCUCAGGCGUCCCACCGUGGGGAGUUUGGAUAGGCCCCGAUGCGCGCAAAGAUCUAGUCCCUCCUACUUCACCCCUACCAUGUACCCACCCAGAGAAAGGCCAGUCUCCCCAGUGUCGGAACACUGCGAUUCACAAAGGCAAGCGGCAGUUUUCUCUGAUUCCUCAAGGUGGUCCCCCUCUUACCAAGAUAUGCUGAGAUCUGCUCAGUACAAAUACGUCCCCAUGUCCACCAGCAUCCCAGUUCCCAAUCAUCACCCCUGGCCCGGACCCAGAUCAGAGAACAUGCGGCUGAUGUAUCCCAGAACGGGUCCCCCGAGGUCCUACCUGCCCAGAGGCAUCAGUUGGCCCUCACCCAUCUGCAUGCCUUUCCCUCAGAGGGAGGUUGACAGUUACAGACAGGCAGACAGAAUGAUGAGGAGGUUUGGAGAGACAGAGCCUCGAGAGGUCAGAGAAGGAGGCAGGGCCAGCUAUGCCAGUCAGAGCAGCGGGAGGGGCAGUGCCGGUCCCUUCCGCCAGUCAAUUUCCAUCACUCCCACACUGCUCAGCUCCCCCGAAACCACAGAGGAGAGUGAGCGGCACAGAGCUGAGCUGGAUCCGCCUGAGAGGAGAUCGAAAAGUAGAAGGAACACGUCAGUAGAUGAAAGUUAUGAGUGGGAUUCUGCUGACGCAUGCGUGGACUCUGAAGUCCUGGAGGCCUUGAGGUUUGAUCCGUCACAAGCAGAUUUCCAGAGAAGCAGAGGGAGGCUUGUUUGCGAUCAACCUGCUGGCCUCCAGGACCAAAGAAACAAAGGCUCACCUCCCCCAGCCUGCCCACCUGUUUCCAACACACCUUGCAGCCAGUACCGCCAAUCCCUUAGCGAGGCGCGUUUCAACGCUCUCCGGCAGGAGUACCAAGAGUACAGGCGGGGUCAGGAGUCCAUCUCUCCCCACGAGCCGUUCCUCACCCCUGGACACGAUUCGGACUCUGACAUCAACUCAGCACUGCUGUAGAAGCAGAAUUUGGUGCGUCUGAGAAAGACAGCGAAUAGCAAACAACGGGGUGAUGCAUGCUCACUUCACGUGGAAAGACUCUUUUUGUUUCUGCUUAGAAGGGAUUAUUGAAUUUUAUAAAAGCUUCUGCAACGGUGUUGAUUUUUUUUUUUU